AUGGCCAAACUCGUCUUCUUCCUCGUCGCUCUCCUCUUCCUCUUCUCCUUCUCCCACGCCCUCACGCCGUCCGAUCUACCCGAGAAGGAAACCAACGGCCCCGAUCCAGCCAACACCAAGUUUCCCGAAUCCGAAACCAAGUCCGCCACCGCCAUACUCUUACCCAGCGAGAAACGCGACUCCGAACCCGCCAAGGAUUUCGAAUGGAUACCGGAGGCCGCCGAUACGAAGCUUCCGGAUUCUGAUGGCCCCACCAUCUUGGCCAACGAAGAGUCGACUGAGUUCACACACAGCGAGUCCGUUCCGUUGACCGUCAUCAGCUUCCGCCCCGUCAACCGCCACUUCCCCAGGCGCCCCUUCCCGUUAUCGUUCCGUCACGGACACCGUUGCCGCCAUGGCCGCCGCCAUGUCGGGCCGUGGAGCCCACGCUUCCACGGAGGAGAACGCGACCGCGACGUCGUUGCGUACGGUAACGACAUGAUCCUCGGCGACGACUUGGCUUUGGAUCCGGUGUUUCGCGGUGGACCGCGCCAGAUCCCUCCUAGGUGGGGCAGUUUCCGCCACGGUGGGCCCAGGUUCCCGUUCAGGCACGACGACGACAUGGAAUUGGAGAGGCCGCAUCACCAUCAUCACCACCGCCACCACGACGACCACGACCGCGAAGAAUUUGAAGGAAUGGAGAAGCCGAGAGAGCACAGGCAUGAACACGAACGGGAGCACGAGGGUGGUUUGAUGAGGAGGUUCCGCAAGUUCUUGAACCGCUUCUGA